GUUGAGAGAGUUUUAAUUGGUGUAAUUUUAGAGAAAUAAUUGUUGAUUUUCGGGUGUGCUUGAAGGAGUAAUACUCUGCUUUUAUAUUUAAUCUGGUUCAUUGCUUAUUGGGUAUUCUUUGCUCGAAUGAAUUUGUCGACAAUUAAGUAUGGUUUUGUGUGUACCCGAUGCAAGUUCUCAAAGCAGCUCUUUCCAUUACGUUUCUCUUCCAUUUCUCUAUUGUCCCUUUUGAUUUCUUCUGUGUCUGAGUUCAGUUCUGAAAGUGGGUUCCAUUACAUUUUUCUUCCGCUUCUCCAUCGCCCCGAAACUGAGUGUUUGUUGUAAUGGAACCAGACGAAAUUUCUGCCUACAUCGGCCGUGAAUCUGGGCAGUCGCUCCAUAACUUGACCACAACCUGCACAUCUGCCGACCGGAUUCGCUCCCAUGGGAUUUUCACCGGAUCAAACCCUUUUGAGUACUCUAUACCUUCUCUUCUAAUUCAGUUGGUUAUUUCUGGAGGGGCCAUUAUGUUGUUUUCUCACCUCCUCAAACCCUUCGGCCAACCCCUCAUCGUCUCUCAAAUCUUGGGAGGCUUAGUUCUAGGUUCUUCAGUUCUGGGCCGGUUCGAUGGUUUCAGAGAAACCUUUUUCCCCAUGAGGGGAUUCAUAUUCCUUGACAUAGUAGCUUCAAUGGGAUAUAUAUUUUACUUCUUUCUCAUUGGAGUGCAAAUAGAUCCUUCCAUAGUAAAGAAGAUUGACAAGAGGGCAUUUGCUAUUGGGUCCUGUACCGUGGCUUUGCCUUUGAUUCUUACCCUCAUUUCCAGUUCCAUUGUAAACUCCAUGAAUGAUGUGAACUCCCAAUUCAACAAAACCUUUGUCAUUGUUUGUGCAACAGAGUCCUUUAUCAAUUUCCCCACGAUUGCUUGCUUUCUUUCUGAGCUUCAUAGAAUGAACUCUGAGCUCGGGAGAAUCGCUUUGACAUCUUCAAUGGCUUCUACUUUGUGCAGCUAUUGCAUUCUGUUUCUAGGAGCUCUCUUGAAUGGACCAAAUGCUCACAGAUAUGAGAGGUUCUCAAUAUUUUUUCCUUCUAUGAUUCUGAUAGCCAUCAUUUAUGUGCUUCGACCUGCCAUUCUUCGGAUGAUGAAGCAGAAUCCGGUCGGACAGCCGUUAAAAGAGGGCUAUGUGAUUACCUUGCUUUUAGGGGUGUUGGUGACUGCCUUCUUUUGCCAGGCCACUGGUUUGUAUUUAUAUUUUGGUCCCCUUGUACUUGGGAUUGCGAUACCUCCGGGGCCUCCCAUUGGAUCAACAAUGGUAGAGAGACUUCAUUUCAYCACCUCUUGGAUUUUCAUGCCAUUCUUCUUUGUCAAAAUAGGCUGGUUCAUCAAUAUCUUUAUCAUUAAACUCAAAAGUUUCUUAGUCCUGUCGUGCAUUAUCGUUGUUGUUGCGUUGGGAAAGUUUCUAGGCACCUUUAUGAUUUCAAUCUACUUCAAACUGCGUGUGAGAGAUGCCGUAUUGCUUGGCCUCAUCGUGAAUAGUCAAGGAGCUAUGGAGCUUGGUUUGUUUUAUUCGAAGAAGAAGGAGAAGAUAUUUGACAAUGAAACAUUUUCAGUUAUGUGCAUAUGCAUGGUGAUUUUGGUUGUAGUUAUCACUCCUAUAAUAAGAUAUCUCAAUGAUUAUUCAGGAUCGUAUGUAGUUUACAACAAAAGAACGAUGAUGCACUCGAGAUCAAAUUCUGAUCUCCAUUUAUUAGUUUGCAUUCAUGACCAAGAUGAUGUUCCUAAUGCCAUUAAACUUCUCGAGGCCUUGAAUCCGACGAGACAAAGCCAUCUUGUUGUUUACAUGCUUCAUCUUGUUGAGCUUCUUGGCCGUGCUAACCCACAACUCAUUGCCCACAAACUUACAAAGAUAGGUACUUCAAGGUCUUGCCCUUCUGAGCCUAUCGUUAAUGCAUUCAAAUACUUUGGACAGAGCAACCGUGACAUAGUUGAAAUUUAUCCCUUCACUGUUAUAUCUCGUUUUGCGACUAUGCACCACGAUGUUUGUACGCUCGCAUUCGACAAAGAGACUUCUUUGGUUCUUGUUCCUUUCCACAAGAGAUUUCAUUCCAAUGGUGUGAUGUCAUUGUGCAAAAGUAAAAUGAGGACAAUAAAUAAUUGCAUCCUCGACAAGGCACCCUGCUCUAUCGCCCUUGUUGUUGAUCGUGGACUCUUGAAAGUCUCAAGCUCUAUCACAACGAACUUGCAUUCUUUUCACAUAGCUGUGGUCUUCAUAGGUGGACCAGACGACCGAGAGGCAAUGUUCAUUGGGGCAAGAAUGGCUGGGCACCCCAAUAUUAACUUUACAAUGAUCCGUCUAGUGGAGAAUGAAAAUGUCCCAUGCUAUAAUGUAGAAGAAAGGAGGCUUGACGAUGAGGCAGUGUGCAAGUUUCGACAAACCAUGGUAGGCAACUGCAAAGUAACGUACAUAGAACAUGUGGUUAUGGACGGCACUGAAACGGUCUCUAUACUUCGUUCGAUGGGGAACAAUUUCGACCUUGUAAUGGUUGGAAGACGCCAUUGUCUGAGUUCGCCUCUGGUUCAAGGAUUGAUACUUUGGAAUGAAGAUACAGAACUUGGGAUAAUUGGGGAGGUAUUGGCCUCUUCAAAUUUCAUGGGCAAUGCCUUAAUCUUGGUUGUGCAACAACACRCAGAAGAGAUUGAUGAAGACCAAGAGAAUAACCUGGAACCUAUUUUUCCCAUUGACAGGUAUUAGAUAUUUAGUAUAGGAUGAUGGAGAAGAAAUUUACUUCAAUAGCCGAUCAUUCAAAAGUUUUGAUUGUUCCUCAAUUCACUUACUCCAAUGGUUCAAAGUUGGAGAAGUCAUUUUUGCCCUCUCUCACACUUUUUUUUCUUUGAACUUCAACGAUGUACAUUUUCACUCAAACCAUAUCCAUGUGUAAACCAAACAACACC